CCCUUAUCUUCCUCUCCUCCUCUAAACCCUUCUCUGCAACUAUGGCUUGUGCGGCAAAACCCAUUUCCAAGCCUUUAUCCAUGGCCAACGCAUGCCUUCUAUCGUCUUCCUCAAUCUUCGCCGGAAAAACCCAUCAACACAUCUCUUUACCCCUCAAACCCAUUAAAAUCCACCUAUCUGCUUCUUUUACAUCCUUUUCUCUGCGAAGAAAACCCAAUUCAUCGCGUUUCGUCACCUUUGUUGCCUCCCAACAAGAAGAAGACAACACAUUGGUUAUUCAAGAGGAGGAAGAGCAAAGUGGAGAUUUAAGCUGGGGAAAUGAAACUCAGGAAACGGAAACGGAAACGGAAACGGAAACGGAAACGGAAACGGCUGCCGAUACCGGCGUGUCCGGUUGGGAAAGGAGUGCGUCUGGAGACUCCGGCACCGGAGAGACGGAGGAGUAUUCUGAGCCACCGGAAGAUGCGAAGAUUUUCGUGGGUAAUCUGCCCUAUGAUGUGGAUAGUGAACAAUUGGCUCAGCUUUUCCAACAAGCUGGUGUUGUUGAGAUCUCUGAGGUUAUCUACAAUAGAGAGACUGAUCAGAGUAGGGGUUUUGGGUUUGUGACUAUGAGUACUGUUGAAGAAGCAGAGAAGGCUGUUGAAAUGCUUCAUCGUUAUGAACUAGGGGGACGGUUUUUGACCGUAAACAAGGCUGCACCAAAAGGAUCAAGGCCCGAACGCACACCUCAGAUGACCGGACCAUCAUACAGAAUCUAUGUUGGCAACCUGCCGUGGGACGUUGAUGACGUUAGACUUGAGCAGCUUUUCAGCGAACACGGGAAGGUUGUGAAUGCACGUGUCGUUUACGACAGGGAUAGUGGUCGAUCACGAGGCUUUGGGUUUGUGACCAUGUCAUCUGAAAGCGAAGUCAAUGACGCCAUCGAAAAUCUUGAUGGACAGAGCAUGGGCGGGAGAGCGAUCAGAGUAAACGUAGCGGAGGAAAAGCCGAGGCGUUUCUGAUUGGAUUUUUGAGUGAGAUGAAGGAGGAGGUUUGGUUUCAUUUGGUAUUUAUAUUAUUGAUGUAAGUUUGUAAGUUUUCUAUUUAGGAAUUUAUGUUGGAUGCUAAAGCUAUUGAGUUGAUGGGGGUUGACUGCAAAUUUGGAAGGCAAUUUAUGGGGUAUAAAAGGCUUCUCUUUUAUGAUUAUUGUGUGCAACAAUUGUGAUUUGCCAUUGCCAUUUACAAUAAACCAUCGUAGCUAUGUUGUGGCUAUU